GUGUCGGAUCCAUGGCGGCGGCGGCGCUCGCGGUGACGGACGAGCUGGUGCUGCCGCUCCGCGCGGUGGGGGACCUGGCCGCGGCGGCGGAGGUCUCGCGGGAGGAGGUCGUCGUCAUCACGCAGUGCGCCUCGCUCGGUGGGAAGUUGCCUUUUGAUGAUGCAUCGGUCGGUGCUGUUCUGUCUUUCAUCAAAAAGGUGGAAAGUUUUGGGGAUCAGUUGGUUGCUGAGAUUAGCCGAGUGCUGAAAGCUGGGGGAAUCGUGCUGGUACAGAGCCUCACACCCUCCUCUGAUCAGAAGCCAAACAAUUAUAUCGAGCGCCAGCUACUCAUGGGAGGUCUUGUUGAAGUGCAAGCUUCUGCCACAAGCUCACAGGAUAGCGUGCAAUCUGUUACGAUCAAGGCAAAGAAGCCAUCUUGGAGUAUGGGUUCUUCCUUCCAACUGAAGAAGAAAGCAAUAAAGACUCUUCCAAAGAUUGAAAUUGACGAUGAUGAUGAACUAAUUGACGAAGACAGCCUCUUGACUGAGGAGGACCUGAAAAAGCCAGAGCUUCCAGUUGUCGGAGAUUGUGAAGUGGGAGCAACAAAGAAGGCGUGCAAGAACUGCAGUUGUGGCAGGGCCGAGGCUGAGCAGAAGGUGGAGAAGCUGGGGCUCACUGCAGAACAGAUCGAUAACCCUGUGUCAGCUUGUGGCAGUUGCGGGUUGGGCGAUGCAUUCAGAUGUGGUACUUGCCCAUACAGGGGCCUGGCGCCAUUCAAGAUGGGUGAGAAGGUUACAUUGUCGAACGACUUCCUCUUGGCCGACAUAUGAUGACAUCAGAGAGCAGCCUCGUAUAGGAAAUGCCUUCUUUAAAUUUCUUGGUUCGUUGGAAGCCAUGUUUUUCGCGGUGAAGUGAUGCUUACAGAAGAACUGCAUUUGCAGUAGUACCCCAUGUUAAGCGUGUCAUGCAUUUGGAGUAGUACCUAAUGUUAAGUGUAUCAUGCCCUUGCAGUCGGUUCCCAGGUUCAAAGUGAGCGGAUCUUGUGUGCGUUUCAAUAUGGGAAUACAUGUAACUUGACAUGACCAAAUAUGCUGCAAAGAUAUCGUAUUGUAGUC